GACACAAUAAAACAGAAAUGAUUCUCUAUUGUGAUUUCAAAGGAGAUCCCAAAUUGAGUAAAGCAGAAUGUGUAGACCGUUUUGCCCAUUUUUACGACCCAGAUUUUGGUAACUGUUAUAGUUUUGAUUCUUCUCAAGACGAUAAUGGCGACUAUCUUAAAGCUACGGAAUCGGACGUUUGGCAAGAACUUAGCGAAUUAAUUUUAAUAUUAAAUACCGAAGAAGAUGAAUAUCUGGAAUCAUCAAGAGAUCCUGGAUUUCUUAUAACAUUUCACACUGCUAGAAUUUAUCCGGAUCCAUUUUCUGAUGGAUUCCAACUAAGACCUGGCUUUAGUUAUAAUUUCGGCUUGCAAAAGUUCACCAAUGAACUUUUAACUCUUCCAUAUAAAACUAACUGCACAGAUUAUGAUAAAUUACCAUGGAAAAGAAGAAUAGAAGAUAGGAAACUUAGCACUAGAAUGUGCACAGCGGAAUGUUCCCAACACGAACAGUUGGUACAAUGUGAUUACGUGACGAACAACAUUAGACUCUUCUUCGACGACUGGUCCGAUAAAAUUAACGAUCCUGAAAAAGAAGAAUGUGCUGAAAAAGUCAGUAACUUAACAAUGGAUUAUUGUCGUUCUUUGUGUAGAGUUCCGUGCAAACAAACUUCAUUUAAAGUAACUUCUGAUUCUUCUGCUUGGCCUCGAAAAGAUAAGAAUCUUCCAUUAGAGUUGAAUACGUGGAGAAAAGAAAAAAUAGAAAUUAUCACGAAGAAUUUGGUACGUGUUAGAAUCUAUUUUUCUACAAUGGAACAUACUAUAUAUAAAAAUUAUCCAAAGUAUAGACCUCUUGAAUUAUUCAGCUACUUAGGCGGAUAUGUUGGCAUAUGGUUGGGGAUAUCAUUAGUUGCAUUUUAUGAGUUUCUGGAGCGACUUAUUUUAAUAUUAAUGUUCCCUUUGAAUAAAAAAAGAAGAAAAAGAAAAUCUUCUAAAGUAAGGCACAUAAUGGCCUCACAAAUUCAUAGAUAAAGAGUGCUAUUUAUUUAUUUUUCAUAAAAAUUUAAUCACGUCUAAGAAGAUGCAGUGUUGUUUCCUCGAUUGAUGAUGCUAUUUUUGAAUAUUUUAUGAACAAUUUUGUUUAAAUAAAAUGUU